CGGCCACCGCGCAGUCGAGUACGAGCAGUGUAGUAAUGUGCACCUGUUUUCUUACCACUCGCUCAGCUUAACUGGUUUCUGGCGUGUGUCUGUUGGGAGUGCGGUUAUGCGCCUUCGCCUUGCCUUCGUAGUGAUACCGUUAUAAGAAGCUACGGACUGUGGACUCUUGGCUCUUGAUCGUGUUGUUUCUGGCCUCUCGAAACGGUCGAUGGAAGGCAGUGGUUAAUGAUGCUGAGAUCGACGGCGAUGGAGUUUCGAUGGUCGUUGUGGUAUUCGUUCGGUGAGCCUUGAAAGUGUGUGACCUCCUCUCAUAAAUGCGAGAACAAAACAAAUGUCGUGUGGUGAAAUGAAGUGCUUGGAUUUGCUGGAUCAUAGCAAGCGAGUGACAAUCGAAGUUCGUCGCUUGGUAGGAUCAAAUUACCUCCUUUAGUACGCAAAAAUAAUAGAUUGCUUUAGUUUGGAACGUUUUCCAGGUGUGUCGAGAUAGUUUAUGGCGAAUGGUGGGAUUGCUAUAACGGAGGAAAUCCAAUCGUUUUAGGAUAUACGUUUUGAACAGUGGAACGAAACAGUUCAACAAAGAAAAAAAAAAUAAGAGUGAAACAUUCCACGGUUAUUUGAAAAGUUUGCAAGUGAAUUUUGUGUGAGAACAGAAAGAAGAUCAUCAUCAAAUAUUGCGUCUGAGUCGGACAGAGCCAACGUAUUUGUACUUUUUCUUCCCGGGAAGCCAAGCAAAGAUCGAGAUCAGUGCAUUUUAUUCCUGGUUCGGAGCGUCUAUGAACUAAGGAAUGUGAUCGACAGAAGGACGCCAAGAGCGGAACAGAUUCUACUAGGUGUAACAGUUUUUCAUUCGCUGCAUCCGACGAAACCAAUGGUGAGAAACGAAGCUUCCUGAGCAACUCGUUUGGAGAGCUAGAAACUAGAAGUUCUACUAGCCCCGCUGCCAUAUCCAAACCCUGAACGGUUUAUCCGAUUCGUACCUACUUCGAUGGUGAUAAAACGGGAUCAAUCUGUGGCUUCGUUCCGUGGUCUGGGGUUCGUGAGCAACGUGCGCUCUGGACGAGUGUUUUUGACCCCAACUUGACGUUUGCGGUUGUGUGGUGCGGUGUUGUGUGAUUUAUGAUAGAUUUUUUUUGUUGAUUCGCCUGAAGUACAACCACAUCCGAAGUGCAGUGCGGUUUUUAGGCCAAAACUCAGUGCUCUUUAUCCCAACAACGGAAUGAAGAAAACGCUUAUGUGCUGUUGUAUGAGUGUGUGUAUGUUUUUAUUAGUGGGCUCAAGAAGUGGGAAAUAGAAUCACACAAGGCAAUCUUGUAGCCGGAAUUCGUCUGACCCAUCAGUGUGAAUCGAAUAUAUAUGGACCAGAACUGAUGAUAUGGAUUGCAGCAUUCGGGCGGUAUAAAGGUGUUCCGUACGAAGAUCGUGGAGAAGGUGCCAACCGAGUUCCGGAAGAAGCGGCGAUGGUGAUGGUGUUACUGCUGCUGCCGUUGCUCCUGUUGGCAUGGUAACGACGAUCUGCUCAACUAUUGUUGAAACUCCAAACUACAGCCAACGAAAGUCAACAUUUACUACGUUGAAACCUACACAUAGAUAAAAUGGGCAACUCGGGUAGUAUGAACGGUUUGCCGGGCUACGAAGAUGCCUACCACCACACGCAGUACCAUCACCAGCAUCAUCAGCAGCAGCGGUAUCACGAGAUGCUCCGAAAUGGCGGCCACCAUAUGGCACAGCCCGGUUGGUUGGAAUCGUACCAGAGAGAUCUGCGAAAUGGUGGCGGAGGUCAUCGAACCUUCGAUAAUCGACACAACCACGAACCGUUGGGACACCGAGAAUCAACCAGCAGUGGACCUAGCUUACCACCUCCGAUGAAGGUUCUACCGGAUAUUCCCGGUCGGGUAGCGAAGUUACGUCCGACCAACAACGGGAAUAUACUCCAUUCCGGGGGUACGAUCAGUAAAAACAAUAACCUACAACGGUCCAAGAGUAUCUCUUCGCCGACAUACCAACAACAUCAGAAGCAAAGUUUUGACGAGGGGGCGGAAAAUGGUCUUCUGAACUCGUUGCCACCUCAAAUGCUGAUGACUCGUUCAAGAACCCAGGUCAAUAUGAUGCUGCCGUCCGGAAGACGUGAGUUCGACGGUUCACCCUUGCGAUCCCGAGGUUUCGUUGCCAACCAAAAGAAGCCAAGCUACGAUCAUGGAACGCUGAACUCUAAACGCUUCGGGUCCGAACCCGAUCUAAGGAUUUCCACGGGUAAGUCCGAACUGCAGGAUGAUUCGACCGCGGGUGGAGCUGCACAAGCUCACCGGAAUAGCAAACCAGCCCAAUCGAAGAUCAUCAAGGGUAAAAAUAAAAAGAAAGCACCGGUUCCACCAGUACUAGACAAGCGAGAACCGGAAGUUGUAGAAAAACAACGUAUCAUCGCGUACUCACCGCUGCGGAAAACAAAUUCCGAUGCAUCUUCGACGUUGCCGUCGUCGGAUAGUAAUAGCAACAAUCCAAGCCGUAAGCUGCGGCUUUUCAAGACACGUGCCGAAACGAAGAAAAAUCUUAACAUAACCAAGCUUCCGGAAGCUUCGGAUGCAAAAUACUCAUCGAAAAGCAAUGCUCAGAACAACACUCCCAUCAAGAUGCGAGUAUCGCCAACCAACAGCAGUACCUACAAAACCCCGGAACGCCGGGAAACAAACUUCAGCAUUGGCACCCUGGACAAACCGAAGUCACGACUGAACCCAACGUCAUUCUUCCGACGAGAAAAAACCUUUGACAUUGGAGUGCUGGAGCGCGAUCGGAUACUGCGUGCUGAGCAUGUGCCAGAAAUCAAACCGACCAUGUCGCCACCGAUUUCACGACGAAAAUCUAUCGUCAAGUCAUUGCUGGAAAAAGACAACGCCCAUCAACUGCAACAGCAACUGCAGCAUCAACAACUCGAUCGGGCUGCCUCCGCCGAAUCCAAGUACAAGUUGAAACUUCAGGAGGACAAACGAAAACAGUCCCAACAAUCGGCCCACGCUCCAGCCAUGACCGACUUCCAGAAGGAAUUACAGCUUGCCACUAGGAAGAAAUCGACUGCGGAUCCUAAAGUUACACAACCACCACCGAAAGCACCUUUGGGACAUCGUAAAAGUACGGAAGCGAAGCAAUCCACCAAAGCGGCGGACCAACCACAGGUAAAUAGUAUCAUAAUUUCCGUGGAGCCCAAAAUGGAAUCCGAACGAGAAGUGCACUCCCAAAGUCCACCACCGAUUCCUCCUCCUUUACCGAAGAGUAGCUUCUACUUUGGAAUGUCCACUCCGCAGGCAACCGAAAAGGAUCCUUCGAAAAUUUCACCGAUCAUUCUUCACAAGGCCAUGAUGAUCGAAACACGUGUCGACUCGGAUCCGAAUUCAUCCGAGGAUGAACAAUCUCCGAUUCAAAAUAACUAUCGAGAUAUAAUAAACGAAUCCGAAAUGGAUAAAACCCAACUGGACGUGAUCGAUCGGUUCGCGGCUAGCCUACUGAAUGGUUCUAAAUUUCAACCAUCAGGCUCGGACUCGGCUGCUUCCUCGGAGGUAGACAUCCGCACCAAUUCCGGUGACAUUGAGACCGAAGGUCAAGAGAUUUCACUCAAACUGCGACCCACGUUGCCCCGCAAACAGUUCGAUAUACCACGUUUUAGUCCGGCGGCGGCCUGGCGAUUGCUGACCACCGAGGACGACUUCGGGCGUGACUCCACCGAACUGUUUCCGUUCACGGAGAAAAAAACUGUGCUGCGUAGUUUGGAAACAGUUGACGCUGCUGCCGAGGAUCGAAUCGAGCGCAUCUAUCGGGAACCGAUUCCCGGCCUGCAAGACAACAAAAGUGGUGACAGUGGAAUCUCCGGUGAUGCCGGACUACCGGAUAUCGGUGAGGCACAAAUGACUUCCAGCAAGGAACGCGAUUCACCGGAAAGCUCACCCGUAGAUGACAACAACAGUGGAAAUAAUGGUUGGUCUUCGAAUGCGAUUCGACUGACACCGUGGACACCGCAGCAGGAUCUGGAGGAUGACGACGACACAACCGGAAGCUGCGACAAUCGACAGCUGAUGGAGGAAACUCCGCUCAGCGGUGGGCCGAACGAUUUUUCGAGCAAAGGUCACUUGUUCAGUUUGUCACUUCCGCGGGAAAGUCAUUUGACGAUUUAUCCGGGAAAUGGAAAUGCUGAAAAGGUUGAAAAGCACAUGUUCAACAGCCUGCAGAAACUGCGCAAAUCGGUUUCGGAUGCAUUCACCAGCGAUGCAGAUGUGAGCCCGCUCGAAAGUGGCGACAAUUGGUUUCUUUCACGAUUGGACACUCCAACGAUCAUCACCAAUACGUACGAGAAACGGCAGCUAAGUCCAGCGACACCGAAACAGAGCCCACCGGAGACACCGCCGAAUGGCAGCAAAAAAGACGAACUCGGUAAACCUGCAAAACAUUCCGCCAUUACGUAUGUUGUUAGCGGUAAACACAUGAUGUAUCUGCCGAAGGAAGCGACAAAGGUGAUCACGACUGGGAAGAACGACCAAAAUAAUAAUGUGCCAGAAAUGUCAACCACCGUGACCACUGUCAAGUCACAUUCGGAGAAGCGGAAAGAAACCAAGGAAAACAUGCAGGAUCCGGUUCCAGAUCCGGGCGAAAGUUUCCCGGUAAAGAUUAGCCAUCGCAAGAAUCAUCGGUUCACCUUCCAGAGUACAAUCCGACAAAUCGAGAAACGACGAGUCGCGGAAAAGUUGUCACGUGAAGCGGAAAUCAAAGAAGCCAUGCGAUUGAGUGAACUGGAGGCGAUGAGACGAGUCGAAGAGGAGUUCCAGAAGAAACGAGCCCGCGAGAAGGCUUCCAUCCGACACCAGCUGCGGCUGUUUACGAUGGAAGAAACUGGUCAACAGUACGAUGGAAACGAGGAAGAUGAGAACGCCGAGAUAACCAAACGCACUGAAAUGGAAGCAGAAGAUACAAUCCAGCUGCCAAAAUCCAAUGGAUUGUAUCGAAAGAAGGAAUCGACCCUGGAACGCUCAUCCUACAUGCAUGGACAGGCGCGACGUUUGGGGCAUUCACGUUUCAACGGCAACGGAACGGUCACCUUGGAGCGCAAGUUUUCCAACGGUAACCUUAUCAACGAUCACCACGAAGAGGAUUUCAAUAGUGACGACGAAGAGAACACGGGAAACAACAACCACAACAGCAACAACAACAACGAUGAUGAUGAUGACGUAGAUAGCAGCUUAGGCUACAUCGAUACCCGGACGCCGUACAUCUCACGAAUAAUCCAGGCCAAAAGUAGCAAGAGCUAUGGCGGAUUGAAGAAGUGACAUCACUACUAUCAAAACUGCCAUCUAGUCAUCGGAUGUGUGUAUGCGAGGGGCAGCGUGGAACCGCCCAGACGAAUUUUAUACAAUCUGCUCUGCAUAAGACUCAGUAGGAUAUCAACGUUAUCAAUCUUCCAACUUUGCGAUCCAAGUAUAACGAUCAUUCAGUCUAGCUGGUUUUGUUUAUAUUUUAACGAAAGCAAUUGUUAAAAAAAAACUAUUUUCUCCGAACCAUUAACAUCAACCUGCAUGUUAUUUAGUGUCUAAGGUGUACUAACAAGCGUAAAAAUGUUCAAUAAAUUUUCAAUUCUUUUAUA